AUGCCACCCUUCCUCCCACGCAAACGAACCCCGCCACCAGGCUCCCCAAGUUUACCCACGCCCAGGAAGAGAACAAAGCUUAACGAUGUACUAGACGCAGAUCCAGGCCAAUCUUUUGACCUCCAAGCCGCAAGAAACUUCACAUUGGGAGAUGAUGACGAGUCAAACUCCUCGUUGAGCGACAUCGAUAGCGACGGGUUCGAAGAUGUGUCGCAUGCCGGCCAAAUACCCUACAAAGAAAAGAAAAGGAAGGAGGAGGACCAGGAUGAAGACGUCGAUUGGGAGGACGCAAUGGCAGAAGGUGGACCUGUCAUCAAGAAGCAUGUCCCGAUGAUGGGUGGGAAUCUCGAGCUGAACCUGUCAAGAAAUGUCGACGAGAUCGACCAGUACAACUUGACUCGAGCUGUUACAACGAGUAAGAAAGGCCCAACAAAGAUUGAAAAAGAGAUCAGGUUACAGACGCAUUGCAUGCAUGUACAGUUUCUGCUCUACCACAACGCUGUUCGUAAUUCCUGGAGUUGUGACAAGGAAGUACAGGAUAUAUUGGUCAAGCAGCUACCUUCAGGCAUCGAGAAAGAAAUUCAAAAGUGGAGAGUUGCGAGUGGGUUGGAGACCGCGGGAGACGUACCGAAGGGGAACACAACGUCGGUAUCAAGGAGCAAGUGGAAAGGGAAGGCAGCGGCUGCUCAAAAUGUGCGGAUCCAACGAGACUGGGGCAAGCCGAGCAAUCGGGUGGAAAGUGGAAAGCCAGACCUUAGUCGAGGUGACCCGAUUCUUCCCCUCCUCAAAGUCCUGGCAGCAUACUGGAAAAAGAAGUUUUCAAUCACGGCUCCAGGACUUCGCAAGAGGGGCUAUGCAUCAGCAGCAGUGAGACAAAGGCAGGUCAGAUCGUUUCAAAAUGAGAAACAUGACCCUAUAAAACAUGGCGAGAGGAUCGAGGACCUUUCUGCAUUCCGCAAAUUGGCCAGAAAAUGCCAAGGAUCUCGUGACGUUGGUGCACAGCUAUUUACUGCAUUGCUGCGUGGCAUAGGGAUAGAGUCGAGGCUGGUUGCUAGUCUGCAACCAAGCGGCUUUGGUUGGACCAAGAACGAGCAAGCUGAAAACAGGAUUUCUGAGAACGUCGUUGAGCAUGAUAUUGGAGAGGGCUCAAGCGUUAUAUCUAAUGAAGACCGACCAUUUUUGAAUGAACAGCGCACAAUGGACAAGCGUAAAAACAAACGGGGUGGCUCCGCAGGGCGAAAAGGCGACAUUAAAGGGAAGGGCCAUAUUGAUGAUCCAGUCAACCUAGACACUUCGAGUUCAGAAGAGUUUACUAUGUCGGAAGUGGACGACGCUUCCGUUGCUGAUGCUACUCUUGCCACAACAUCGCAAAAGCCGUCCAAGUACGACCGAGACCUUGUGUUUCCGACUUAUUGGACGGAAGUUGUUUCCCCCAUCAAUUCAACGGUAAUACCAGUAUCACCACUGGUCUUACCCAAUCCAGUGGCAAGCACUGCUGAAGUACUCUCCACUUUCGAGCCGAGGGGGGCAAAGGCGGACAAGGCAAAACAGGUAAUGGCAUACGUGAUUGCACACUCCUCGGAUGGGUCCGCCAAAGAUGUUACUACCAGAUAUCUAAAGCGGCGGAUGUGGCCUGGAAAAACCAAAGGCGUUCGUAUUCCAAUCGAGAAAGUGCCAGUCUACAACAAACGUGGAAAGAUAUUGCGAUAUGAGGAGUAUGAUUGGUUUAAAACCGUGAUGAGCGGGUACGUUAGGACCGAGAAGAUGCGGACCACAGUCGACGAUGUCGAAGAGUCGACGGAUCUGAUCCCGCAGCAACCAGAGAGGAAGGACCACAAGCAAGAAGGCGACACACUACAAAGCUUGAAAGCAUCGGCAGAAUUUAUACUGGAACGUUUUCUAAGACGAGAGGAAGCUCUAAAGUCGAACGCCAAGCCAGUGCGUACCUUUCCUACUGGCAAGGGCGAUAAGCUAAAGGAAGAGAAUGUCUACUUGAGAACAGAUGUAGAACGGUGUCUCUCCGCCGAAAGCUGGCACAAAGAGGGAAGGCAGAUCAAAGAAGGGGAAGUUCCACUGAAGCUUGUUCCAAUUCGGGCAGUAACUUUGACCAGAAAAAGAGAAGUUGAGGAAAUGCAACGACAGACGGGUGAGAAGCCCACACAAGGGCUUUACAGUCGUGACCAAACCGAGUAUAUUAUUCCGCCACCAAUCAAAGAUGGUAUCAUUCCAAGAAAUGGUUAUGGUAAUAUCGACUGCUUCGUCCCUUCCAUGGUGCCCAAAGGGGCUGUUCAUAUACCGAUGAGAGGUACAGUAAGAAUAUGCAAAAGGCUGGAGAUAGACUAUGCAGAAGCCGUGACAGGCUUUGAAUUCGGCAAGAAGCUCGCCAUACCUGUGGUCGAAGGGGUCGUGGUUGCCGAGGAACACGAACAAGCUGUGAGGGACGCCUGGGAGGAAUAUGCAGAACAGCAAAGGGUGAAGGAGGAGGGUAAACUCGAGAAGGCUGUGCUUGAUUUGUGGAAGAGAAUACUGAUGGGGUUGAGGAUUCGAGAAAGAGUUAGUGAUACCUACGGGGAGGAUGCCGAGGCCAGUGAUGUGGCCCUGGAUGAUGUCGGAAAGCCUGGCAAACUCCAUGAUGUGCUCCCUCGUGACCAUGGUUUUGAUGGUGAGGAUGCUGCUUCGGUGUAUGGUAUGCAGGACGGCGGUGGAUUCCUGCUUCCACACGAGAACGAUGAGAAUAGAGCAGCCUCGUCCAAUGAGCUUGUCGUCGAGCAUCAUGAUUCCUUACUACAACCGAAAUACAAAGAAGCUGAGCAGUACCCUACGCCCGUUUCGACCACAUCCACCGAUAUGAAAGAGCAUUCCCAGAACCGGAAACACAUCGUGGCAAUCACUGGUGCUUUAGAUCUAUCCGAAGCCGAAUCCACCGGCUAUAGGCUUGGCGCAGAAGAAAGCAAUAUCACACAGAGGCCCGCAAGAGAAGGGAAACGCUCUUCGACUAAACAACAACAAAAUCCACCCAUAGUGGUCGAGAUUCCAAAGAAGGAACGACAAGCCACCCAGAAGAGGUCGCAAACCCCUGGUCCAAUUCCAAUUGAGGAAAGAUCCGAUCUUGCACUUGGAGGCCCCAACGGCGACAAGGGUGAUGAUCAAACAAAGGCCAUGCAGCGUUCUAUGACAACAAGCGGAAAACGUAGCUCAGGAAGAGAGAGAAAGUCGGCCUCGGAGCAAGAAGUGGCGCCGAAGCGCAAGCAGCAGCCAAGGAGAGCAAGCAGGAAAGCUGCAUUGACGAGUCCGUAUUUUGGUCUUGAUGGCGAUGGCGACGGAGACGAGAGCUGGGAUCGGGAGAUGAUGAUUUUUAGCUCCGUAGAAAUUCCGCCCUGGCAACGAGCACAGACAACAAAGUCAAGACUCACUUUUUGUCGCUCCACUACAUCUUCUGCCCCAGACUUCAGUAAUUCCAACAUCAAACACAUCAUUCGCACUUUACAGCGCAGACCUAAUAUCGGCCUUGUAGAGGCUAUUCACAUCCCGGAAGCUCUACCUCUUAGUAUCUCUGACAAUGGUACGACCAUACAUGCCCAGCAUUCGUUUCUCAACCAUUGCCCGCGAAAAAUCCGAGACCCUGAUCAGUUUGCUGGAUCCCUAACUGAUUCUCCAAAAAGAGCCCAGCUGACAUACUCCUCCCAAAACCAACAGGCCAGCACAAACUACAAAGAAGCCUUCUCCCUAUUCGACAAACGCGGCAACGGGCGCGUCUCCCUCGAAUCCCUCGGCGACCUCCUCCGAGCCUGCGGCCAGAACCCCACCCUGGCCGAGAUAAGAGACCUAGAAAAGACGGUUGGUGGUGAUUUCGAUUUCGAAUCCUUCUCCAAGAUCCUCAACCGGCCCGGCGGCUUCCGCGACCCGGGCGAACCGGAAGAAUACUGCCGCGGCUUCCAGGUCUUCGACAAGGAAAUGACGGGCUUCAUCGGCGUCGGCCAGCUGCGCUACAUCCUCACCAACCUGGGCGAGAAGAUGAGUGAUGACGAGGUCGACGAGCUGCUCAAGGCCGUCGACACGUCCAGUGGCGAGAUCAAUUAUACCGAGCUUGUCAGGACGAUUUUGGCGAAUUGA